GCACAGUCCAUCAGAGCAGCUCGCCACGGCGGCGCACCCGCGCCAGUUCGCCACCGCGUCGUGAGAAGAAAAGAAAAACCGGCCUCGCUCUUUCGGGCGAGCGUUUUCCCCCGCAUGCAUCACCAGCUCAAACCGCCCGAGGCCGCCACGCUCCCGCGCCACCUCCUCGAAGCCCACGUCGUGUGGCUGGUCCGCCAAUGCCGCAGCCUCCGCGCGCUCCGCGGCGCCCACGCGCGCCUUCUCAGGCUCCGCCUCCCACGCCUCACCCACGCAUUCGCGCUCUCCAAGCUGCUCGCCUCCUGCGCCGCCUCAGCCCCGACCGCCGCGGCGGCCUCGUACGCGCGCAGCCUGUUCGACCAAAUCCCCGAGCCGACCGCCUUCUGCUACAACUCCCUCAUCCGCGCGCUCGCCACCCCCAGCAACCCCACCGCGGACGCCUUCCUGCUGUACCGCCGCAUGCUGCGCGCGGGCUCCCCAUCCCCCAACAGCUUCACCGUCGCGUUCGCGCUCAAGGCGUGCGCCACCGUGCCGGCUCUCGGCGAGGGCCGGCAGCUGCACUCACAGGCUUUCCGCCAGGGGCUGGAACCGAGCCCGUACGUGCAGACCGGGCUGCUCAACCUCUAUGCCAGGUGUGAGGAAGUUGCACUAGCCAAGAGCGUGUUUGACGGCAUGGCCGAGGACAGGAAUCUGGUCGCGUGGAGCUCCAUGAUCGGCGGGUACUCCAGAGUGGGGAUGGUUAACGAAGCGUUGCACCUGUUUCGGGACAUGCAGGCUGCUGGGGUGAACCCGGAUGAGGUCACAAUGGUUAGCGUAAUCUCGGCAUGCGCCAAGGCGGGCGCUCUUGAUUUGGGCAGGUGGGUCCAUGCUUUUAUAGAUAGGAAGGGGAUCACGGUCGAUCUUGAGCUGAGCACCGCGUUGAUUGACAUGUAUGCAAAGUGCGGUUUGAUAGAGCGGGCAAGGUUGGUUUUUGAUGCGAUGGUGGAGAGGGAUACCAAGGCAUGGAGUGCAAUGAUAGUUGGACUGGCGAUGCAUGGGCUUGCAGAGGAUGCGUUGGCAAUUUUCUCAAGAAUGCUCCAGCUUAAGAUUAGACCCAAUAAUGUCACCUUUAUAGGUGUGUUGUCAGCCUGUGCUCACAAUGGGUUAGUUGAUGAUGGGCAGCGAUAUUGGUCUACUAUGCAAGAAAUGGGAAUUAAAGCUUCAAUGGAGAACUAUGGUUGCAUGGUUGACCUUCUCUGCCGUUCUGGCCUUUUGGAUGAAGCUUAUUCAUUUGUUACAAGCAUUUGGAGGAAUCUUCUUGUGGCGAGUAAAAGUUCGAACAGAACUGAUAUAGUAGGAUUGGCUUCUAAAAAGCUCUUUGAGUUGGAACCUCAGAAUCCAGAGAACUAUGUUCUCCUCUCCAAUUUGUAUGCGUUGAACUCCCAGUGGGACAGAGUGAGGUAUAUGAGGAAAAAGAUGAAGGACAACAAUGUUACUGUCGUUGCUGGCUGUAGUUCAAUUGAAAUAAAUAGCUAUCUGCACAAAUUUGUGGUGAGUGAUGGUUCACACCCUGAAAUCAAGGAGAUAAGAGUGGUAUUGAGGGAAAUAGCUGACCGGGUUCUACGAUCUGGCCAUAAGCCUUGGACUGCGGCCGUUCUACAUGAUGUUGGUGAAGAGGAAAAAGAAAUUGCACUUUGUGAGCAUAGUGAAAGGUUAGCCAUUGCAUAUGGGUUGCUGAAGACAAAAGCACCUCAUGUCAUUCGGGUGGUAAAGAACUUGAGAUUUUGUCCGGAUUGCCAUGAAGUGUCAAAAAUAAUAAGUAAAUCAUAUGGCCGAGAAAUCAUUGUCAGGGACCGUGUUCGUUUCCAUAGAUUUAUUGGAGGAAGUUGUUCUUGCAAGGACUUUUGGUGAUUGCGUAACGCAUUGAAUCACUUAUAUCUGAUUAUCCAAAGCCCGGGAGAUGUGAUGCCUUAAAAGGAAAAUUGUUCGAGAAUUGAUGAAAGGGACUUGUGCAGAUCAUGGGGGUUCCAAUGUUACUGAAAUAAAUUUUACAUCAUCGAGGUACUCCUUUUUCCUUACCAGAAUUCGCUGGUUUGUCCUGUCGUUUGUAUCUCCGGUGUGAAUGCCUAGUGUUAUCUAACCAGAAAACAAGCUUACAUUAGUGAUAGCGUGCAUGUUGUAUCAACCUAAAAGAGAAAGAGAUGGCGACUGCAUUGCUGUCAUAGCUUUUUUUAAACGUCUCUGUCCAUGCAUUAUCAAAGAUUGGUUGCGUUGCUCAUUACACAAUCUAUACAUGUUGGCCAAUUUAAAUGUUUACUUGUUUACUUAUUAUUUUUGCCACUUCAUGGCAAUCUGGGCAAAAUCUCAAGUUCUUUCACUAUGCUCACCAUCUCCUCUUCACCAACAUCAGGCUUACGGCCAGACCGUAGCACCCGAUCAGCUCCCUCAGCACCAAUCUUAUCUCCUUGGUUUCAUGGUGUGAACCAUCACUCAUUACAUAUAUCUGAUUAUACAAGGCCCUGGAGAUGUGAUGCCUUGAAAGGAAAAUUAUUCCAGGAGUGAUGAAAGGGACUUGCGCAGAUUAGGGGGGUUCCAUUGUUACUAAACAUUUUUUACAUUCAUCGAGGUACUCUUCUUCUUACCAGAAUGCGAUGUUGCGUCCCGUCGUCUGUAUCUCCAGUGCUAGUGCAUUGUAUUGUCUAACUACAAAACAAGCUACAUUAGUGAUAGACUGGAUGUUGUAAAGAGAAAGAGAAGGCGACGGCAUUGCUGUCAUGGCUUGUUUAAAUGUCUCUGUCCAUUGCGUUAAUAAAGGCCGGUUGCGUUACUCAUUACACCAUUUAUAAGUCAAAGUUGGAACUAUCAUUGGAUGCACAU